UGCUAUCAUGGCGUCGCUACCAACUGUCACGACUGCUUCGUCCUCUCCAAAGACUGGACAGCAGAAAAGUAUCGUCGAGGUGUUGCAAGAUAUUCAAAAGAGAAUCCAGGGAUAUGGCCUAGGUCCGUACACUCCAGAGCAAGCAAAGGAAGUUGAACGGCUUAAGGUUCUUUUUCGUAGACUGAAGGCAGAAAAUGAAAAGGCAAUCCAGGAAGGCAAGAUAGCUGUGAUGAGAACAACAACUGUUAUGACACCUGUCACUCAGGUCUUGGUACCUACUCAUGUGGCAGCACCCAACACCAUGCAGAUGACAAAGAUUGCUCCUGCAACCACAGCAUUACCAAACCAACAGACUACUGUCCUUCCUGCAACCACUGUCACUGGUGGAAUCCCUGUUGGUCAGGCCUCACUGGCCGCAAAGACUAUUCUCCCUCAGACGACUACUUUGCAACCAAUUCAGCCUCAAAAUGUGGUCAUUAAUCCAGCAUCCAUUCAACAGCUUCAGAGAACUGCAGAUGGAAUUCAACGUACAGUGAAGUCACCUCAACCUACCACUCUUCAAGUCACACAGACUCUAGCACCUGGACAGCAGAUAGCAGUCAGAACUGUCGCCCCAGCACAACCAGGACAAGGCAUUAAACCCACAGUUACUCUAACAAACAGACCCAUGCAAGUGGCUUCAGGUGUGACCCAGACUGUAACUCUACAGAGGCAUUUAGCACCUAACAAGUCCCCUGUUCACAUGCCAAUCACACUUGCUCCAUCAGGGACAGUAUCUGCAGCUGUACCAUCAGGGGGACAUGUUACCAACAUCGCACCAGCACCAAUAUCAGCUGCUGUGUCUAAAGGAAUUUCAACACAAGCUGCUGGAACAGCCCUGAGGGGGGACAGUAGUAGCCCGGCACCGAACCAAGUUCUGACCAAACGACGACUGCAAGACUUGCUUCACGAGAUUGACCCUCGAGAACAGAUGGACGAUGAUGUUGAGGAUCUGUUACUGCAGAUUGCAGAUGACUUUAUAGAAAGUGUUGUAACGGCUUCCUGUCAGAUCGCUAAGCAUCGAAAAUCAAACACAUUAGAAGUACGAGAUGUUCAGCUGCACCUAGAAAGGUGUUGGAACAUGUGGAUCCCUGGAUUUGGCAGCGAUGAACUUCGACCGUUUAAGAAACAGGCCACUACAGAAGCUCACAAACAGAGGUUGGCCUUGAUACGAAAAUCGAUGAAGAAGUAAUACAGACGCUAUGUUAUCUUGUACGUAAAUUGUUAUUUAUGAUGAUGCACGAUAUAAGAGGUGCUGGUUUUAUUGUUUAAGGGAGAGCUCACAGUUUAAAAAGUAUGGCGUUUGUUGAUAGGUUGAUGGCUCUCGUUGAUUUCUUCUUCCUGUUACUGUAGUGAUGUUAAGUUUACUUUGAUUAAGAAAUUUUCCUACCCCGACAUCAAGAGAAUUCGGCAUAAAUAUUUCAAGCCAUUUGACUUGAAAUUAUUUGCAAUUUCAAACAAGUGCGCAAGAGCAUGGGAAUUAAAGGCAAUUAUAUCAAAAGCAGUAGUUAACACCUUUCAAGCUCCCAGGAUCUAAUUGUUAAUUCUCCCUUACCUUAUACACAUUUCUCUUUAAAUAAGUUAUGAAAAUUUGCUGCUAGAGCAAGAUGACAACUUCCAUCCGAUAAGUUUGAGUAUUCUCGUUACCUGUUUGCAGGAUAAUGUAUAGAUGUUAUCGGGAGAAGUUACAUUUUAAUCACUUCUUGGGGUUAAAGAGUUGAACUCCAGAAGAACGGCCAGUUCGAAAUACAGGAGAGAAAAAUCCAUGAGCUUUCAGAAAUCCUUUUUUAUUUCUUAUGCUUCGCACGAGGAAAAGCCCUCAAAAGACCCAAGGGGGAUGUCGCAAACGAUUAGUUGAGUACGAAGAAAAUUGGCUUUGCACGAGCGGGUUACAUAUUGUGGUACAUUGUGCGUCUGUUAUCUGCAAGAACACAACGUAAUUCACGAAAUUUUCUCAGCCCGAUGGGAAAUUUCCAUAUCUCUUUUUAUAGCUAAAUCAUCUAGUUUUUUCACUCGUUUAAAUUCUGAUACCAAGAAAGAAAUUACAUAACUUUACUGAUAGAAAAUAAUUAAUAGAUUAUAGCGCAAUUUUCAUUCACGU